GGGCCGGGGAGAGAGCAGCCGCGCCGCAGUCCUGAGCAGCCGCGUGUCUCCCGGGGCGCCCGAGUGCCCCAUCUCGCCGCCUUCCUUUUGGGGAUCGGCUGCCCAUCUCUCCUCGUGUCACGGCGGGUGGGUGGCUCGGCUGGCUGGCUGUGGUUCUAGCCGCCGCUGCUGCUGCUACUUGACUCCCUCCCUUUCCUCGGGGGGUUGUGCCGCCGGGGGCCUCUCUUGCCGCUCGGUGGUGGGGCUGGUGGCGGCGAUCGUCUUUUCUCGAAGGGCACCGUGGCCUGGGUUGGUCCUCCGUCAGCGCUGAAGGGCACUCGGGGCUGCUCGCAUCACCCGGCGGCCGUCUGAGAGCAGGGAGGAGGAAAUGGCCCCCGAUGGCAGGGGUGGACAUUGAUCCUAUGACGCAUGCCCGGAAGAAACAGCUCCUACUUCUGAAACACUCAGCUGGUUCUGCUGGCCAAGCUUUGUCACCGAUUCACGGUGAGAGAAUGGAUAGGACUGAGGCGGAGGAUAGCGAGCAAGGAAAUGGCACUGAGGGGCGAAACUGCCAAACUGGAUUUGCAGGCGUGAAUAAAAGCAGGAACUUGCAGGAACUCAGAAAGACGUACCCACUGAGGAAACGUCUCAAUUCAUCCGUGGAUAAAAAAACAUGCUCCGUGCUCCUCACUAGACUGGAGGAUGUCGCCGGAUCACUGUCAGAGGAGACUCAGAGUGGGGUGAAAAGAAGCCUCUCCAGUUGUAUGGACAAUUUCAGGCCUGCCUGCUUCCCAGAACAAGUUCAGGUGGUGGCAGCAGGGACAAGGGAUUCUUCUGUGGGGAAAUGCACAAUCUCUUGUCCAGGAACUGAGCAGGAGGGACAUGAUGCCUGUCUCUCAACACCCAGGAAACGAAGGCUAGCCUCCCUGAAUGCAGAGGCAGUGAAUAACCUGCUUUUUGAACGGGAUGAUGGCUUAUUGUCUGGCAGGCGGUUUCGGAAAGAUUCCCCCAAAGUCGGUGGAGUUUGUUGCACUAAAAGCAUAUGUUGCAAAACUCAGGGCACUUGGCCCUUGCUGGAAAAGCCAAGCUCUAAAACAGUGAAGGGAAAGAACCAAAACAGAUCAAGUCAGAAGUGUGCUCCUUAUGACCUGUCGUUAGAUGAUGUCUUUGAAGGGAAAAGGCGGGAGGACAGUGGGAAUUCCUACCAUCCAGUUCCAAAGAGAUUGGCCAGUCUCAAUGCCGUCGCAUUUCUGAAACUGACCCAUGAGAAAGACCAACCGCUGAAGCUGAGGAGUAAAUCGACUGGAGAAAGCAAGUCUGAAAACCACUGUUCCAAAUCGAAGCUCAAGUGGGCCAAAGCGAACAGGAAAAACUGUGUGAAAUCCAAAAAGGAAACUUCCACUAUAAAAACAGAGGGUCAGCAUGGCUGGCAAGGAGUGACCGAGGGUGCGUUCAGCAAAACAGCCCAUCAGGAUUCUCCUAGAACCUAUGGGAAAACUGAAUCUAUCAAUUAUGAACCGCUGUCUAACUCUUGUGAAGGCACAGAGAGUUUCUACCACAGACUGCCUUUGCUUAUGGGUGGACAAGCUUCCAUGAAGCCUGAAUAUGGAAGACCUGGAGAGAAAUCGCCUACCCCCAAGCAGGAAUUUCAUCAGCCUUCUUUCCCAGUACCUCAGUUCCAUCCUUUGCCAGUGCCGGGAAAUCACGCAGAUUGUGGCUGUCUCUAUGAAUCAUCGGACUUGACUCCAUUGAAUAGGUUUUAUGUUUAUUAUGGCCAAAGUGGAUACAGUAGUUACACUCACUGCUCAGUUUACUCAAAGGAUGAGCUAUCGCAGGCAACGGGUUGUGAGGGGCUUUUGCUGUCUCCGGGUUCUUUACCAUCAGAUCCCUCAUUUCAGCCGUUUCAUUGGUGUAACUCUCCGUACUGUUGCGGGGAAGGAACAGCGAUUAACAGUUACAGCCUCUGUGGAGUUAUGCAUGUACCAGAAAGCAGAAUUGGUAGUGUGCAUACAGGACGGAACAGCUACCCUUAUAAGAUGCCUUUUGCAGCAGACAGCUGCAAAUCUCUGGACCAGCUGAGCCUCACAAUCCCUGUGGCAGGGCACCCUGCUUCACCUGCCCACCCACUCUCAGGAUGUCCGGUACCCAGCGUGCCACCAGCUGCAGAACCUGUUCCUCAUCUGCAGACGCCCAACUCGGAGCCCCAGACUCUGGCCCGCGAAUGCCCACAGAGCUCCAAGCCCCCCAGUGGCUCUAAAUCUGGCCUCCGUAAUACUACCAGCUGUUUACAUGUGUCGGACAGCAAAACAGUCGGGAGCCACUCUCAUCCAAAGCAGCAGCGCAUCAACCGGAGGAGAGCCACAAAUGGCUGGAUACCGAUUGGAGCAGCCUCUGAGAAGGCUGUCUACGUUGUGAAUGAACCAGAGCCAGCUGUUCGGAAGAGUUACCAGGCUGUGGAGAGAGAUGGAGAAAUCAUCCGGGUCCGAGACACAGUCCUCCUGAAAUCAGGGCCGCGAAAGAAGUCGAUGCCUUAUGUGGCAAAGAUAUCUGCUUUAUGGGAAGACCCCAAAACAGGGGAGCUGAUGAUGAGCCUCCUGUGGUAUUACAGACCGGAGCACACUCAGGGAGGCCGCAAUCCUAGCAUGCAUCAGAACGAAAUCUUUGCAUCCCGACAUCAGGAUGAAAACAGUGUUGCCUGCAUUGAGGAGAAGUGCUAUGUUCUGACCUUUGCAGAGUACUGCAGAUUUUGUGCCUUGGCAAAGCGUCGAGUUGAGGGGAUCCCAGGCAAGAAAACAGUGAUGGUUCCUCCAUCGGAAGAGUAUUCCACCCCGGCACAUCGCAAGGUGCCGGAGGACACUGAUCCUGAGUUGGUUUUCCUCUGCCGCCACGUCUACGACUUCAGACAUGGCCGCAUCUUGAAGAAUCCACAAUAAUGGAGCUCUGCGGCUGUGGGGUUAACAAGUGUCGACGGAGAGCCAAGGGCAGGCUGACCUCAUUGUCUGUGUGUGCUCCUCCUCCUCCUCCUCCUCCUUCCGGAGCACUGCCCACUGGCACAGAACAGAAUGCCUAAGUGUGCGCUCUUCUGCAUUUGGGAGCAGUUUUCCUGUUAAGGCAGAUGUUCAAAGCACAGCACUUCAUAUAAAGAACAUAAAUUGAAAUAUAUAUCUAUAGAGAAAUGUGUGUGAGUGUAUAUAGAUAUAGGUACUUGCUUCUGUAAAUCUAUAUCUAUAUGUACAAUGAGCUUCAUAUAUUGGGGUGGGGGUGGGAGGGAGAAGGGAGGAUGGUCCAGGAGAUAAAAGCCAGUAAACUAAAUCCAGAGCCAAUCUUGUGGGGAUGGUUAGAACAUACAGAACGGAAACGUCAGUGCAGGGAUUAAUCAAGCUUUGAUAGGUCCCUGGUCUUGUGUCCUAAUAUGAAGAGGAAGGACAGAGACCCUUUUGGCUGGUUUAAUACUUGAGGUUGGAGAGGAGCAUCUUUCUCCUGGAGACAUUAAUGUAGUGCGUGAGUAUCCUUCUCACAUGCUGAAUAUGGUUUUUUUGCAAGGGGAGUGGGACCAUACUCAAGAUAGGGUUGUUUGUGUUUUUUUGUUCUCUCCCCCCCGCCCCCCUGGUUGUCUAGUCAGGUUAGGGCUUUCCCGGGUGGCUCUGAACUUCCUUCAUCUCCAAAGCAGGACAUGAGAAAGAUAUAAUAGGAUUACCUCACACCAUUGUGAAAAGCUGCAUAUCUUUCUAAGGUUGUGGUCUGGGGCCACUUGCUCAGAUGUAAGUUCCGUUGACAUCGGUGGGACCCACUUCCAAGUAAAUGCGAUUAAGAUCAGGAUGUAAGAAAACAGAGCCCAACCUUAAGUAUUGUUCCUGUCUGGGUGUGAGGAGGCACCUUUACUGCUGAAAAGCCCCCCAGAGUGUGAGGUUUAGGUGACAGCUGCUACAAGACUGAUCUCUUUUCUCUCCAGAAGUCUUGAAAGGCAUUCUUCCUGUUUGUAGGAAUAGUUUAUAUUCUUUUCCAUUCCCAUUCAAUUUUCUUUGCUCUCAUUUUACAGACCUUGUAGAACUUGGAUUUGCACACUCAAGUGUAUUUGGGAGGGCUAGAAGCAGGGUUUAGAAAUGACAGUGUAUUGCUUGGGCUGUAACCUUCAAAACAGGCAUCUUAACCUGACCAGCUUAGCCUGGCAUGCUUUUGCCUGUCUACCUCUCUUCUCUCCCAACCCCGCAAAAUCUCAAACACUGACAUCAGAGAAUGCCCACCUAGGCAAGACUCUUUGGCUCCCAAAAGGAACUGACCAAUGAGAGAUCUGCAUUAUUGAAAAACUGCUACCUGAUUCCUACGGAUACUUCUGCCUCUUGCCUUACAUGUAUAGCUCUUAGAAGUACUAUAGUUUAGCUUUAACAUAAAGCUAUUUCAGUUAAUUCUAAAGCAAACCAAAGGACAGCAUAAGAAGAGUCCACUGAAUCAGUCACACAAAGCUGGGAUUCCAUUUGUAGAUUGCACUAAUUCUAAAGAAUGAGAAUCAACACUGUAUCAGUCCACGUACCUGCUGACGGCUGGAGUCGCUCACCUGAAUUAGGGACCUGUGUUUUGGGGGGGUUCUGAACUAGUGUUAAAUGAUAUAGAAGUGUUCCUACGGCUUUAAUGUUGUCGUCUUUUUCAAGUAGAAGUAGCACUACCUGUACUUACCCAUGGGCUGGAAUCAAGAGUAUUGCCACCUGAGCUCCAUGCCUGCUGGCGUGGAGAAAGUAGCCCUACCAUGUUCAGUUCCCUGUGCAUUGACACAAGCGGUAUCUACAGAUUUGCUCUAUGUACCAAAGAAGGGAAAGUGAUGGAGUUGGGAAGGUCAAAGCCAGUAGUAGUGAUCAUGGUGGCCAACCUGGUCACAAAGGGAUGGUUUCUACUGUGUUCUUGUGGAAAGUGACUUCUUCCUGCUACUAGGAGAAACCUCCCGCCCUACGUCUGAGCAAGAAUCCAUUGUUUAUCCAAGUUUGCUAGUGCCAAAGUGAUGGAUUUAUUUUUCGUAACCAUUGCUUGGGCAUGUAGAGGAGGAUCUUGGAGUAAUUAGUGCUACAAAGCACAUCUUGUGACAGCACAGGAAUGGAACAGGAACUUCCCUAAGACUCUUCACUCAAGCCAGUGAGAGCAUUGCUGAGGAAAGGUUCUGGUCUGAUACAAGGAAGGGUAGAACUGGCAUCACUCUUGUGGUCUUAGUGGUAAGCAGGAGUGAUUUGGGAGCAAUAUUGUAGGUUCUGUAGCUGCUGCCUGUUCUUCCAUUUGCCUGGUUGAGGAGGGAAUUGGGGUGGGGUGGGGUGGGGGGAGAGAGAGGAGCAACUGGAAUAGGGAAUGUUCCCAUAAUGAUAUGGGUAGGAAUGUGUGUGUGAGAGGAGUUGGAUAGUCUGAUCUGUGCAGCAUCAGAUUUGGGAUUCCUUUUUGCUGUGAUACGGGGUGGGUGGGAGAGAUGGAGCCAUGUUGCUAGAUAUCCUCUCUUGCAAAAGGAGUGGUGUUCGUGGUGUAGUGAUGGGAAUCCUCAAAACAUUUCAGACUUGAGUUCAGGGUGCUGCUGCCCUCUUGAAGUUCUGAAACGUAGCUCCAGAAACCAGAGUAACUUCCUAAAAACCUGAUUUCUGCUGCUUCCUCCUCCACCUUUGUCCCAACUCCUCUCCAGGCAGGAAAAAAAUAGCCCAAAAGAAAAAUUGCCCAGGUUCUGGGGUAGGUGAGGUGCCCCGUUUCUGGAGAGGAGAAACCCCUCCCCUCCCCUGCUUCUGAUAUUGUCAGAAUCUACUUCAGGCCAAGAAUAUUGUUUGAAGCAGGUGUUUUCAAACUUGAUAUCCCAGAUGUUAUUGGACUACAACUCCUAUUAUCCCCAGCCAUGGUAGCCUUUUGGCCAUUGUGGCUGGGGAUUAUGGGAGUUGUGGUCCCAACAUCAUCUGGAGACCCAAGUUUGAGAACCCCUGGUUUAAAGACUUGUGUGGUUUUAUGCUGUUUUGCAGACAGCAUGUAAAUGAUUUGAAAUGUCUUAUCUGAAAUGAAAAUAUUUCAUGCUUUUUUAAUCUAUUAGAUAUGGAAAUAUUUUUGAAACUGAAAAUGCAGUCAGUAGAAUUUAAAUUGAAAUGUAAUACAUGUAAAAUAUAUUUUAGUUGAUAAUUUUGUAAAAUGCACUUUUUUGUGUCUCUUCCCUUGUUUCCCAGAUCUGUAUUUCAGUGUUUACAGAUGGAAUGAGAACAUUCCCUAUACCCACCUUCUGUGAAAAAGAUAUAUUAGAAGUAAUUCUUAAAAAUAAAUUUGAAAAAUUGUAUUGAUUUAGAAAA